AUGUAUAGAGAAAGAGGAGGAGCAGCCGGGAAGGGGGAAAUGGGACACGUGGCGAAUCUUAAGAGAAUCCAGGAAGCCCUAGAUAAGCAAAUGGAGCGAUCUCAUUCCUCAUCAUCUGCUGUCUUUGCGAAAGGUGGAAUCAAUGGCAAGGAUCCCCGGUCUGCCUUCAAAUCGUCUGCCCAGGAUAAUAUGGCUAAAUGCUCUGAUGCUGAAGUAUCUGAGGCAGACAGUGAGGAAUCAGAUGUAAGUGGUUCUGAAGGGGAUGACACUUGUUGGAUAUCGUGGUUUUGCAAUCUUCGUGGGAAUGAGUUCUUCUGUGAGGUUGACGAUGAUUACAUCCAAGAUGACUUCAACCUCUGUGGUUUAAGCAGUCAAAUUCCUUAUUAUGACUAUGCACUUGAUCUCAUUCUAGAUGUUGAAUCCUCACUUGGUGAGUCAUUUACAGAGGAGCAGAAUGAAUUGGUUGAAUCUGCAGCUGAGAUGCUUUAUGGUCUAAUACAUGUCCGUUACAUAUUAACAACUAAAGGAUUGGCCGCUAUGCUAGAGAAGUACAAGAAUGCUGAGUUUGGGAGAUGCCCAAAAGUAUACUGUUGUGGGCAACCCUGCCUACCUGUUGGUGAAUCGGACGUCCCCCGUUUAAGUACAGUGAAAAUGUAUUGUCCCAAGUGUGAAGAUAUUUACACUCCUCGAUCCAGGUUCCAGGAGAGCAUUGAUGGAGCCUAUUUUGGAACAACGUUUCCCCACCUAUUUCUGAUGACUUAUGGACACCUCAAACCACAGAAGUCUUCACAGAGCUAUGCACCUAGAGUGUUCGGGUUCAAGGUCCACAAGCCGUGA